AUGGUUCAAAACGUAGAGGUGAAUCUGGGAGAAAAGCAGAAAGGUAAAGUUACUUAAUAGUUGUUGAACAGCUCUACUCAGUUGUCUCAAACUUUUGAUUCGGCCCCUGCAUGCCAGCCUGCAAGACAAGCACGAUACUUGACCACUCAGACCGUGUAACCGUACAUAACAGAACAAAAGUAAUGCAUGAGAGAAGAAUUCAACUUCUCUGCUAUGUCACUGCGUUCCGCCGCAGAGAAAACGUUUAAGUUCUAAUCAGCAGAAAGGCAACAACACGUUGAAAUAGGAAGGACACGACCAGUUGUGUUUAUUGGGGACGAGAAAAAACUAACGUACAAGAAAUAAAGUAGUGGCGGAGAAAAACGAAUUACAUCACUGUAAACUACGAGACUAAACGUAAACAGCAUACUAGAAAAAUUACGCUCGGCAAGGUGCGAGCGGUAAAACUGGCUGUGUCGAGUGACUAACGCGAGAGGCGACAAGGCUUAAAUACCGAGAUGUGACGUAAAAUCCCUAGAGGAUAAAACUGCGGCCAUAAAUGCAAAUUCCGAACAUAAACACAUGAAUUUUCUCUCCUGUUAUUGUGAAGCAUUUCCAAAGUGUGCCGACUUUUUUGCGAUUGACGAAAUAUAGUUCUCGUCUAGAGAAACGAAUACUUCGGGGGGAGACUUUGUAAUGGUAUAUGUACUAACAGGAUUUUACACAAUUUUCCUAAUUUUUUUACUGAAAAGGAUAAAAUUGCCAUUUAAAUGCACAUUAGUGCGACCCUUCCGCUUAUAUUAACGCCGAUUGCAAAUUAAACAUUUUUACGUGGUGGAAAUGUCUGAAGGUAGUUCGAACGCGUUAGCGACUUCCGUGUUUGUGUUAUGUCUCCAUCCCUGGCUUGAAUCUUUGUUUGACGUCACUGGUAAUCUUCAGUUCGGUAUCACCAAAUGCUGCCCAGGGCGAAUGCUAUUCAUGUUUGUAAACUUUCCGAAUACUUUGAACAAGGUCUUAUACUUUGAACAUAAGAAAAGAGUUCAACUCCCAGAGGACUGGUUUGGGACACCAACAUGGCCGCCGUUUCAUUGUUUUGGGACACCAAUAUGGCCGCCGUGACGUCAUGUGAAAACACUCCAUUGGCAGUUGACAUUGAAAGUUAAACACGUUUUGGCGUUAUUCAAAUACCAUAACUAGUUGGAGUUUUGAAAACGAUUUUGCGUUUAAGUCGCUGUUGGUUCCACGUCCAUCAUUUCUAUGGUUCAAAGCUUUUCUUCAAUAUAAACAAAAACUGUGAAUACGGGCCAAGAUGAUGGGUUGGCCUUUUCUCUGGUCAAUUCGCUAGUUUAAUUUGUUCAGAAAACCGGCAUCUCUAAAAAAAUCCUGCGGAAUAAACAGGGCAAUUUAAUUGAGACAAAGAUAUUAUAUUUUUUGAUAUUUCUUUCAGCGCGUAGUUUCCGUAAACAACACAUACGUUAACCAUUAUAAGAGGGCGCUCAUAUCGUUAAUGGUGCCUCUUGAAAACCGCAAGGAAAGAAUAAAACCGUGACAUUGCAAUUGACAAAAAGCGAAGACAAGUUGACAAAUGAAAAAGGCCAAAUUUACAAACCCCUUUACAGUUUUAAGAAAAAAACACAUCUUAGCCUCAUUCUUUGGUUAAAUCCGUAUUUUAAAGAGGUUUUACUAACUUUCAUCAGUGCGAUCUAAACUAACUGUUAACUUUGUUUAUGAUGGUAGGAGCGAGUAAAGUCAAAAUAUUAAGUGCUGCCAGGUAAUAGAAUCGGCCGAGUGAUUUCUGACAUAAAAGUCUGAAUGACAAACACAACUGCACCUGAACUGUAGGACAGAAAGUCUGCGAUUCAGCACUAAAUUAUUGUAUCAAUUACAGCAAAAUAUGAGAAACGCAAGUAAGGGAAUGUUAAAUGCAUGUAAGCGCAAACUUCCUUUUAAACUCUACUGACCAAGGGGAAAAUGUUUUCAAGCUGAAGCUGGGUAAAAUGCUCAAUGAAGACUUUUUUCCCGUUGAUUAUGAUUGGCUAGUAUUAAUAGCAUGGGAUCUGGUAGUUAAAUGUUAUUGGCUGAAUGCAUGUGACACCUGUUGCUUCAUUUUCAUUGGCUGUUUAACUGUCUGCUUUAGCAUGUUCUAUUACAAGCUGCUUGCGGUCAUAUGGGUCAAAUUGCACGACUUUUCCCUAUUAACAGUAUUGCUUUUCUUUCCUGACCUAUCAAGGUACCCUCCAUGCAACAGUUGGAAUCCGGGUCCUUAAUAAAACGUCUGAGGGAUACUGGUUCCUUAUGAGAUUCAACGUGUCACACGUGGGGGGGAAUGAGGACAUAGGUCGAGACGUCCAAAUAAGGACAAACUACUACGUGGUUCGACUUCAGCGGCUAGAUUCAAGGUGAUUUUUAAAAUUUUGUAGGUCAAAAAGGUGAAAAGAACACGAAUCUAUGUCGGGUGAAGGGGUAAGAGCAAUGUGAUUAUGUAAGGAUAAAUGGCUCGCGGUUUCGAUUAGCGGUAACUCACUGUUUUCUUAACUAUUAUUAUCACAACCAAACAAACUCCCACAAAACUGCUAGUUACGCUAAUAGGCACAUUUAAACGACCAUGAAUAUUAUUAUAAUAUGUUUUUUCAUUGUGAUUUUUUAAACAUUUUGAAGCUCAAAAGAUGAAAAGAACACGCAAAUCUGCUCGGAGUUCGAUUCGGCCGGCGGGGUGCAUGUACGUGUCCGUCUCUGCUCUUACCUGAGUAAAUAACAACCAAUACAGCGAAGAUAUUAAACUGUUGGCAUCAGGGCUGGAUAGUUACAUCAGUGGCACUGUUGAAGUUUAACUUUGGAAGCAAUGCAGUUGCCAAACCCCAAAAUUUACUUACGGAUAAGGAAGAUAAGCUGUAAGCCCUGUGUCACUAACUUUCCACUGAAUAAAUUAUGAGGGACGUUAAAGAACCCACACACUGCCUCCGAAAGACUAGGGGACGUAGUUCCCGGUGUGGUGGUCUAUCUCAAAUUCACACUCACGUACUCAUUCCUUCAUUACUUGUGAACUGCUACAUAAAGCAGCAGUGGCAGAUCCAGAAGAAGCCUCCCUCCCCCUCCCAUUAUUUUUAGACCAAAGUGAUCAUGAGGCCCGAAGGGCCGAAACCAACCAGUGUUGUAAAUUAUCCCUGAAAAACCCCUAGGGGAGUGGGUAAUAUGAUAUUUACAAUCUUCAUACGUCUAUAUUUUAGAACAGCAAACAAUGGAACUGUAAGAUUAGUUGAACUUUAUGGGAAUUAUUCCACCAGUGAAGAGCCAUUGCGUCUUGUGUUUGGCAUUCUUGAACAGUUACUCCCACCACUCAAGCGAGACCUGUACGAAGACGUGGAUGGUAUAAAGGGGGCUGGAUUCAACUCGAUUCACCCUGAGGAGUCCCUUCUACUGCCACGCCCAGUAAAAAUGCAUCGAGAAGCAAACACUUCUGAUAAGGAUAUCAUCCGGGUAAGGAAUCAUUUUAACAACUCAGAUUUCACAAACACAUCGUCAGAGGUUGAUAUAGAUAUGAAUAUGACUUACUCUGAUUUUGCAACUGUCAACAAGAGCAGCGGAAUGAUACUUGAGAGUAGCUCUCAUUUUUAUACAGAGUUGAACUUAGGAGAAUUUAUUGACAACAAUGGAGGUCGGAAUGAUACGAUAUCAACCAUAACGAAAGUUAAUUUGACAAGGCACCUGUGGCUCGUAGAAACAGAAAAUUUCGAUUUUUUGAAGAUAUAUCCAAAUGUUUUUGUGAAGCUUAAAGUUUCAAAAGCGUCCACUUUUUCACUCAACGAAACUGAAAAGUUUCCAUAUAAUGCUACUAAUUCAAGCGAAACCCCGACAAACUUUUCCGCGCCGAUGCAACAGCACAACUCAACCAACUCGUCAAUCACUUCUUUGAAACGCGUUCGAAGAGCCAACGACGAGGACAAUAAAAUUAUUCGUGAAAUAUGGGCAAAAACGGAGCCCUUGUACCUUGGUGCCGAGGAAACAUUUGCGCUGUUUGUGAAAGAAGUUCUUGGAUUCAAAGUGAAGGGAAGUGCUAUAUUCUCUGUAAAGUUCGGCAGUGAAGGUCUUAAAGAGGUAGGCGUCACCUUCAAGCUAUCAAUCGGAGGUAAAAACCUGCCGGCCAUACUGUCUAUUAAGUACUCAAGAUCUCAAUUGCAAGGAAAGCCUGUACGUUCUGGACAUCAGUGGCAAAUAAAGAUGGUGAGACUUUUUUUAAACAUCUAUUUAUUGUGUAAUUCUUUGUCAGAUGAUUGGAUGUAAUAACUUAUACAUUUCCAUCGUUAGCUAAGCCCUUCGUCAGAGCAAUAAGUGGUUGGGCUAUUCCGCUGUGGGCAGGAUUUACAAAGCCCUCCUUAGUUUAUAAAUAUGAUUUGUUUGCAAGCGUCAGGCUCUAUUAAAAGUGAGAGAUAAUAAACCAAAAUGAUGAAGAUAUUCUCUCGUUAUACCCUAAGGCUAAAUAUAUAUGUAUUCAUCUUUUUUAAAACAUCAGAACAGGUGAAGAGCAGUUUUAUUCUCUCAAAGUACUGACAGGACUAACCGAUACAUACUGUUUAGUUUAUUAGAAGAGUAUCUUUAUCUUGUUUAGAGUGUUUCUGUUCCUGUACACGCCCUGAGACUUGGAGUGGACUUUGCCUUGAAAGUCAAAGUUAAUAUCAAGCUGAGCUUUCCUCCCUCUAAGAAUUCACUUAAUCCCGUCAAACUAACCGUGCAGGUAUGUACAACUCGUCAUAAUAAUAUUGCUCCCCUACUCUCGUUUUCCACACAUUGCGCAGAAUCAGGUUAAGAUGAUAACCGCGACAUGAUAUAAAGGUUAUUGGGUUGUUACGGGAUGCUUAAGGAUUGUUUAAGCUUUAAGUUGGUGGAAGAGUUUUUUUGUUGUUUGACGUUGGUCAGGUUUUUGUGCUUAGCGCAGGUACUAGCACAAUGGUGACGAACCUGACGUUUCCGCAAUUUUCUAAGCAUCUGUAUUAUAAGGCAACUUGCUUAUUCCUUAAGUUGAAUUGUCCUUUACAAACAUAAGAGAUGAAACCUAGACUGUUCAUAGUCCCAAUUUUUCCGUUAGCGUGUAGAUUGAGUAUUCACCGUCACUGGCAGCCAUUUUGUAAUUGGUAUCGAAUGUAACGAGGACGAGGCAUCGGGGUUAAUAGCGCAAUGGCAGCUUCUGGCCUGCGUGGCAAGCUUUAAAAGGGAAAGGGGAAGGGUAAAUUCGGGCGCGCGAGAGGCGCUUUCCCUUCCCCUUUUAACGCCUGUCACACAAGCUAGUCAUAUUCAAGUUAGACUUGGUCAAGAUGGCCGCCUGCAGUGCUAGUUCUCGACUAUCUUACGGAAAAAUAGUCGACUGAGAACGGUCUACGGCAAACCCAACCAGGAAGACAUUUCUCCUUGCUAGAAAAUUAAAACAAUGAAAAUGUAAACCCUUUAACUAUUCAAUUUAGUUACAAGAGGUUUAUUCUGUCGACAGAUUGAGCCUUUUUCCGAAGUCACGGCAAGUAUUAAAGGCUAUAUAUCGGCCCACGCUAUCCGUGCUGGUGCCUAUGGAGAAGGCACAUUAGUGCGAAUUGGGCUUCCUGUGACCCUAUCCUAUUGUGACAAAAGGUGGUGUAUAACCCUUUGUUUGAGUUUGAAAGCACUGGAGCUAGACGCCGGAAUUUUUUAUCAGUGGUGGAACGUGUGGAAAUGGGACUGGGGAGAGCGGCGUACAAUUCAUGACUUCGGAAAAUGGGCUGCGUUACAAAAGAACUUGAAGUUGUUUAAUAAGUGUACUGCGCCACCUACCCCGAAGACGGACCCAAAGCCUAAUCCUAAUCCUGAUCCCGAACCUAAACCCAACCCAGCUUCAACAACAGCAACCUCAACGACAUCAUCGAUCGCACCAAGUAUGGCAUCAUCUAACAGCUCAGUUACAAGAACAGAAACAACAACUAGCACAAUAACGACUACAUCUAUACUGACAUCGACGGUAACUGUUUGUACACCAUCACCAUCGUAUGUAUUCACAUUAGCAGAACGCCCUAGCGCAACGAUUUCUUCUCUAACAAAUGCAUCAAGUAUGGAAGGCAAAUCAAGAAAAUUUACCACAACUUCAGAGGCCUCAAUAUUUUCGUUAGAAGUAAUUCCAGCAGUUACGAGUAUGGAAGCUAAAUUGUCCAUAGCUACGGAGGGUAUGACUUCAUUGACUUUGCAAGAAACAACACCACUGCCACAAACAAAGACUACAACAUCAGAUGCAGAAACUAGAACAGCAACAGCAGCAAAUACAUUGGCCACAGAAACUACAGCUGGAAGCAAUUCACCUGCUACCACACCAGGAACGAAAACAACGGAGACUAAAACAGUUUCUUCGUCGACAGCUAGUAUGCCAAGAAGUUUGCUAAACGUUACACCAACAACAGGUACAGAAGAUACGCCCACAACGAAUGUGUCAGCUUCAAACACUUCAGCUACACAAACAAAAUUAACGCUAACAUCAGGGGAAGCAACCUCUGCACAAGGUUUACCUGAUCUCACAGUAAGUGCUCCGGCAACAGUUACAGUGGUUCAGGUAACAAGGAUGGAUACUGCUAAGGCAUCCGUCACAAAUACAGCGACAUCCACUCCUUUAUCAAAAGUCAGUUAUCCAUCAACUUUAGUCACACCAAACAAACAAGUAACAACUACAAACACUGACGGAAUCACACCGUCAACAGCUUCCGUCAUUACAGCUAUUACAUCAACAGUGGCGUUAGAGGCUGCGAAAACAUCAUCGACAAAAACUCUGGACAUUGGAUCAACUAAAUCGGCAUCACCAACGGCAACUUCAUCAACGAAGACCACAGCGAUACUAACCGUUAAAGGGACAGCGGCAACUCCAUCUACAGUACUAACUGCAGCCACAGUUGGAUCUACAGCUACAGAAAUCAUUUCACCGGCACCAGAAAACAUGCCAUCAAUAGCCUUAGAUUCUUUAGCUACAACGAUCAACUCAGAGGCAUCAUCAGUGAUUAAAGCGACUACAUCAAGAAACGCUGAAGCGUCUACACCAGAACUUACCUUUAUACUGACCACAUCGGCUACAGCUACUACACCAACACAAGAAGUUCCUGUCACUUUUCCCGAGGCUGUGGAUUGA